GGUCAUGCGGGUUACCCCAUUCCUAGGCAAACACGACUUGUAGACAUGGACAGGCCCAUUAAGUGUUACAUAAAAUUAAAAAUAAUAUGAAGAUUUCACCUAAAAUAAAAGUUUCACACACGGCGCAACAACCAAGAAAACAGUCAUCUCCAGACUCGCCACCGUGGAAACCUCAAAUCCUACAAAGUUCGCCAUGAAUGUAUACAUGUGAAUUUUUCCUGUGGGCCUUAAAAUCAAGAUUGUCGCAUUCGAGUGGAAAAACAACAAUUGCAAAUUUUCUGUCAGACGCUACUGAAAACUCGAGUGGUGAAUACCGACCAACUCAGGGAGUUCGGAUAUUGGAGUUUGAAAUGCAAAACUUGAAUGUCAACAAUGAAAAGUUAAAAGCAGAAAUUGAGCUAUGGGAUUGCAGUGGUGAUCAUAAGUUUGAAGCAUGCUGGCCAGCUCUACAGCGAGACACUCAUGGAAUUAUAUUUAUUUAUAAUCCAUCCUCAGCACACCAUGCAAGAGACUUAGAACUGUUGUACAACUAUUUUGUCACACAAACGGGUUUCAGCCACAAAAAUUGUGUUGUGUUUGCCAACCAAAUGCGACCUGCUGAUAAGGACCUCAAGCUCUCUUCUAAGAUGUUAAACAUAUCCUCAUGGGUACUUCAAGUACCAGUAAGUGUUGAGGAAAGUGGGAAUCGAUUACAAGCAGAUUUCAGCAGCUUUAUAGCAUCUGUAUUAGGAAGACUAAGGGAUCACAGUGAACAAGAAGAACUCAACAUUAUCAACAUGCAGUCUGCUUAGAAUUUAUUUAGUCUGGACAUGUUUUUCUGCAGUCCAACGCACCUUAUUAGAAUAAUGUAUACAAUAACAAAUUCUGUCUGGUUUCUUGUGAUAAGUUUUCUUAAUUUAUUCUUUCCACAGUUACCCUCCUGACAUAAUAACCUGUGAUGGGGCAUAAAGGACACCUUUGGAACUUCCAUGUACUGCAGAGUACACCUUUUUGGUCUUCAUAUUAUUACACACUGGGUUACUCAGUAGGCAAUUUUUGAAAUGUGCAUUGUUCAAAGUGAAAUAGACAAGCAGAAAUUUUACAUUUUGCCUCAAUAUACCAACAGAUUUAACUGGAAAGUCUGGAAAAUAAACUAUGAAAUGUUAUUGAUUCAUCAGUUAUUUUAUGGUAAUGUAUGUUUCAACUACUGUAGUGCUGAAUGAGUAAGAUAAUUUUAUGAUUUGAAGCUUUAACAGUGACUAAAUGCAAUAAAAAUCCUUUUGGGCCUUCAGUUACA